ACCAGCUCAGAUAUCACUACGCCCCUAUUUUGCUCUGUUCUGUGAAUGUGGAUCUUGGGUAAUUCGUUUUGACUUCGGAAUUCCAGAUCUGAGACCCUAGUCCAUGUAAAUCCUGCGUAUGACGGGACGGUGGAUCUACAAUUUUUCAACAAUGUAUCACUACGAUCUACACUCUAUGUUGCGGUGGAAUGUGCAUGACAGGAUCUGCGUCAAUCGUCAAUCGACUCAUGCGGCGUCAAGAUGGUGGAUCUACGGUCUUUUUUAACAAUGUUUUCACUACGAUCUGCACUCGUGCAAUGUGCACCCGCUGGCAGGAUCUGCGCACUCUCCAUAUGUCACGGUGGAAUACACAUGUGCACGACAAGAUGUACGCCAGCAAUACGCGCCAUCAAUCAAGUUGAAAUUCCAUCAUGCGGCGUCAGUUUUGUUCAUGUUUUCCAGAUUCCUCUCGUGCUCCGCCACCAUCCUUACUGUGCGCACUUUGCUACGGCCCCGUGGCUUCGACUUCCAAGUCGUGCUCGUUCCAUCUUCCAUUCGGCUGCAUAUGCCGAUACCUGUUUGUUGCAGAUCGAGCAUGGCUCGGCGCUAUGCAAUGCACAUGCACACGUCGUCUGCAAAACGAGAUUCUUCGGUCAGGAGUUGCGACGUGCAUCCAUGUCGAAUUCGGUGACGGUUUUUCAUUUAUUCCCCUGCUGGCUUCCGUAGCAUACAUCUCCACAGGGAGGUUUUUUACAUUGGAAUUCCGAGUGCAUCUAUGGUGGCAUCCCAUCCACCCGUCAAGCUACCAUAUACUCGACCCCCCAAAAGUUCUACCCUCUCUACAUAUGUAGACCGAAGGAACCGGGCGCACUCCACCAUUCAUACCUCGCAUUGUCUAGUC